CAUAUAUACUUUUAUUUAAACACAUACACAAUGCAAUUCUGGAAAUACUCUGUACCUGUGUUAGCCACUCUUUUGGCUGCGGUCUCCGCAUCUGGCCCAGCCGAUGGUGAUGCUAUUGCUGACCCAAACUCUGCUGUUGUCAAGUUAACUUCUGCUGAUUACGAAUCUUUCAUUGCUGAAAACCCAUUGAUUUUAGCUGAAUUCUUCGCCCCAUGGUGUGGAUACUGUAAAGUUCUUGGUCCAGAAUUUUCCAAGGCUGCUGAUGUCUUGGAAGUUUCUCACCCAUCCAUCAAGCUUGCACAAAUUGAUUGUACUGAAGAAGAAAAGUUGUGUGCUGAAAAGGGUAUCAAGGGUUACCCAACUUUGAAGAUCAUCAACUCUGGUGUUGAAUCCGACUAUGAAGGUCCAAGAGAAGCCGAUGGUAUCACCAAGUUCAUGAUUGAGCAAACUUUACCAGUGGUUGCUGAACCAGCUACCGUUAAGGAAUUCGAUGAAGUUAUUGCCGCUCAAGAAAAGGCUUUCAUCGUUCAAGUUAUCCCACCAAAGUUUGAAGACGCCACCUACAACUCCACUUUUGCCGAAGUUGCCAACAUCAAGCGUAAGGACUUGAAGUUUAUCUCCAUCUCUUCUAAGAAUCUUAUCAAGGAUCUUGAUGCUAAGUUGGAAUACAAGUUUAAGCUUCCAAAGAUCACCAAGCCUGAAUAUUUCCUCAUUCGUCCAAACGAAUUCGCUGAUGCUGUCAAUUUGGAAUCUACUACAUUCGAAAAGGAUUCCCUUAUCAACUUUAUUGAAACCGAACUGGUUCCAUACUUUGGUGACAUUAACAGAGACACCUACAUGUUGUACAUGAACUCCCCACUCCCAAUUGGUUACUUCUUCUACAAUUCUCCUGAAGAAAGAGAAGCCGUUAACGCUGUUUUCAACAAGUUGGGUAAGGCCCACAGAGGAAAGAUUAACUUUGUUGGUUUGGAUGCCACUUUGUUCGGUCGUCAUGCUGAAGUUUUGAACAUGGACCCAGAAAUUGUUCCAUUCUUUGCUAUUCAACAAAUUGCUGAAAACAAGAAGUAUGGUCUUAGUCAAUCCGAGUUCCCAACUGGUCCAUCUACUGAUGCCAUUGAAAAGUUUGUUGAAGACUUUUUCGCUGACAAGUUGGAACCAAUUGUCAAGUCUGAACCAUUACCAACUCCAGAAGAAAUCGCUGCUUCCCCAGUCAGAAAGUUGGUUACCUACAACCACGAUGAAAUCGUCAAGAAUGAAGACAAGGACGUCUUUGUCAAGUACUACGCUCCAUGGUGUGGUCACUGUAAGACCUUGGCUCCAAAGUGGGAAGAAUUGGGUGCUAUUAUGGGAUCUAACCAAGAAGAUGCCGAUGUUAUUAUUGCUGAUGUUGACCAUACUGCUAACGAUGUUACCACUCCUUUCCAAAUUGAAGGUUACCCAACCUUGGUAUUGUACCCAGCUCACGCUGAAGUUGAUGAAAAGACUGGCUUCAAGAAGCAUGUUCUCUUUGAAGGUAUGAGAGAAGUUGAACAAUUACUCAACUUCCUUCAACUUAACACUGGUAACAAGAUUGAUGGCCAAGCAUUGAAGGCUAAGUUUGAAGCUGAACAAGCUCUUGCUGCCGAAGCUGACGAAGAAGAAGUCGAAGAAGCUGCUGAAGCCGAACCAGCUGCCGAAGACGUUCAUGAUGAAUUGUAAAUUAAGUAAAUCAUUAUUUUCUUUCCACAUAAAAUAACUACAACAGAGAAAUAGAAUGAAGGUUUGAGAUAAAAUCAUGUAGAAUCAAAAUAGUAAAUAUUUGACACAGUUUUGAAUUUCGAAGAAGACAUUAAUUAUAUAUAUAUACUAGAUCG